UGUUAAAAAUGGGAAUUGUGUGUUUGUUUUCGUUGGGUUUACAAAUACUGACAGUUGUAAUAUCAUUUGAUCUGGUAUGCUUGUGCUUUUAAUUACAAAGUCAAGAAGAAACUAAAUGAAAGUGAAACUAUUAAAGAAUGUGUAGUGUUCUCAAGUCGUAUAACAAUUUCGCUUUUACAUUCUGUGUAAUUUGUAAACAUGGACGUUGGAGUUGACAGGUAACAAGUCUGUUUUGGAAUUGAAGGCGCCGGUCGCCGCCGCCGCCGCCGCCUCCUGGGGGCGGGGGGAGAUGGCGGACGAGGGACGCCGACGCGGCCAGCCGCCUUCGAGGGACCCGCGCGGCGCCAGGACCAAGGCGGAGAGGAGGGAGGUUCGCCCCAGGGGCCCACGCAGCCUCGUGCUCAGGAGGUGCGAACAUGGCUUCGGUUUCACCCUGCGGCAUUUCAUCGUCUACCCGCCCGAGUCGCACUCGGUGCUGCAGGGUGACCACCGGCUGGGACUCGACCUCGGGGACCGGGGACCGGCGCUGGACGAGCCCAUGGACACCAUCUUCGUGAAGAACGUGCGGGAGGACAGCCCGGCGCAUUCGGCCGGCCUGGCCACAGGUGACCGAAUCAUCGCAGUGAAUGGUCAGACUAUCACAGGACACACAUAUGCACAGGUAGUACAACUGAUACAGCAGAGCGGUAGUUACCUUCAUCUCCUGGUGGUUCCAAAAGAAGAUGACAUCUUGCAGAGGUACUUCGGGGAGACUGCGCACAAUCCGGAAACGAACCAGAGGCCAUCGCGGUUGAGAUCACCGGAGAACUUUGACCAGCGCGGUCCCGCCACGAUGCAGGAGCAGACCUCUGUGCUGCCGGCGCCACACCACCACCACCACCAUCACCACCAUCACCACCAUCACAACAACCACCACAACAACCACCACAACUGGCCGCAGCAGGAGCUGCUGUACCAGGACCUGGGGCGCAGGACGAGCGAGCCCGCGCGGCGGGACGCCAGGGACUUCCUCGGCAACAGCGGCGCGCGCCUCCCCAACUCGAGGUUCGACGACGCCGAGCCGGGCCGCAGGGUGUCGUCCACCUCGCUGCCGUCCACCGGCUCCAUGCACGACAGCAACAACAGCCUGUCCUCGGCGGAGUCAGCGUCGACCCUGACGGGAGGCCAGGACGGCUGCAGCAGCGACGACUCCGUCAUCAUCUCCAGGAUACGCAAGAGCUUCGAGCAGAAGGAGGAGUUCCUCAGGCGCCCCAACCAGCCCAUAUCCUGGAGCGUGCCCGCGCAGGAGCGCCACCUGGCGCCGUCGCCGACGCAGGCGGUGAUCGCCAGGGAGUUCUACGCCAGGCCGCAGAAGUUCCAGAAGCCCAUCUGGCCUCCCACCUCGCCGCCGCCGCCGCCGACGGUCCAUAACGAGUCUUACCGCCAGCAGUCUCCUCCCAGGAGCGCGCAGUCUGUGAUAAAGUCUCCCGUGUUCAACGGCAGGCCGGCCCACCAGAGCGUGCGGCGGGUCCAGUCGGACAUGGACUCGGAGCGCGACGCCAGGCCGUCUCCCGGGGACCAGGCCAAGGCGUCGAGGGGCCAGUUCCUCUGCGGCGGGCCGGUGAACCACCAGCAGGAGUCGUCGGCGGCGGCCAGCCGCCUGGGCGUCGCGACGGGCGGCGCGCGCCACGCCUUCACCACCACGCUGUCGCGCAUCAGCGAGAACAUCCCCGCCACAGCUACGCCGGGAUACAGCGACGACAUGGACAACCUCAUGGACAACGCCAGGGCGUCGUCGCUGCCGCCGUCGCUGUGCGAGCCCCAGCUCCACGACGAACACGACGACGACGCCACACGCUACACGGCGCACCCCAGGCUGCGCCUGGUGUCGCGCCGGGCCCGGCAGUUCGAGACGGGGCAGCUGGAGGACGACGACGAGGAGGCGCCCGUGCUGAGCGACCGCACGCUGCUGUACCGCAGCGAGCUGGCGCGCCUGUCCGCCAAGAAGAGCGUGCCCAACGUGGCCGUGCGCAAGCAGGAGUUCGAGUCGCGCGGCGGCGCCGAGUCCCGGGCGGACCGCAGACCCACCCGGGAGAGCAGAUCUCUGGAGAGCGCAGCGGGAAACUUGCCGUCGGAGGGGAGCGGCCGGUCAGGAAACAGAACGGUCCCAGUAGGUAGCAAAUACCUGCACUGCAUCCCCCCAAAGGACUUCCAGCAGGAGACGACAGAGCCGCCGCGCUCCCCGGGCCUCCGCGACGACCCCUCGGGCCCGGCGCGGCCGCGCGCGCGCUCCAACUCGGCCGAGUCGUGGGCCGCGGCCGUAGCCUCGCGCGGCCGGGCCGCCCCCGACUGGGCCCCGCGCGGGGAGGAGCCCCAGAGGCACAAGGCCGUGAGGCAGGACUCCUACCUGGCGGCGGUCCGCGCCCCCGUCGUCUCGGAACGCUCGAGCAGGUCGCUAAAGCGGCAGGCGGCAGUCGCCAUGGAGGAGCAGGAGGAGACGGAGGAGGCUGAGGAGGCCCCUGCACCCCCGCCCCCGGUAGCCCCGGUGCCCCGCCCCAACCACCUGCCCCUCCCCCGCCCCCUCCACCCGGCCGCCCCCCCCGCCGCCCCGCCGGGACACCCGGGCGACGACGACGCUCUCACAGUUCCUGUUAAUUCAGUUCCUAUUGCCACAGCCGGCAACGGGGCAGAGGGCUCUGUGGUGUGGCGUCAGAAAAAUGAGUCUGAAAACGACGAGGACCGCCUGGUGAGGAGGGUGUCGUACCUCAAGGCCACCUGCGGGGACCGCAUGCACGUGGACAGCGACCUCGAAGCCAGCGACACGGAGGCCCCGUACCACCAGUCGCGAAGCAACACUGCUCCCAAUAGCUCCCUGGGUCAGACUCUGCAACCCGAGGGCAACAAAGAGAACCUGCAUCUGCUGCGUGAAGGGUGGCUGCACUGCAAGAUCACGAUCAUCGAUGGGAAGAGAGCCGGUGACAGGUCGUGGAAGCAGGUGUGGGCGGUGUUGAGGGGUCCCGUGCUGUACCUGUACAAGGACAAGCGAGACUUCCAGACUCCCCUGGGCCUGGUGGAGCCGGACAGCCUGCAGAGCAUCGACGUGCGGCGCGCCCAGGUGGAGGUGGCGGGAGACUACACCAAGAAGAAGCACGUGCUGCGGCUCGGCACGGCCGGCUGCGCGGAGCUGCUGCUGCAGGCGGAGGACGCCGGCGACAUGGCGCAGUGGAUCCGGGUGUUGCAGGACCAGGCCGGCGCGCCCCUCGUCGAGGAUUUGUCCAGCAGACAUUUGCAGAGCAUGAGCGGGAGCACGUCUCGCCUCUCGCCGCUCCCCGCCCACAAGGGCAUUCGCAAGCUGACAACGUCCUUCCGCAAUCGCUCCCCCACGGGGCAGUCUCCCGUCAACAAGACCCGCAAGCCCAGCCAGGCAGACCAGUUGCCGUCGCCGAAGAACAAGACGUGGAAGGGCCGCGUGGCCAAGCAGUUCCGCCGCAUGCAGCAAGGGGCGGGCUCUCCCAGCUCGCCCACGGCUCCGUACCCUGAGGGAGCCACCAUCGGCAUCCCGCUGGAAGAGUGCACCGUGUCACCGGAGAAUGAGUUUGUGCCGUUUAUAGUCCACAUGUGCACUCAAAUAGUUGAGGAACGAGGGCUGGAUAUUAUUGGCAUCUAUAGGGUGCCUGGCAAUACGGCAGCUGUCUCCUCUCUUACCGAAGGCGUUAACAAAGGCAUAGAAUGUCUAAAUCUCCAGCAAGAUCCACGGUGGAGUGAUGUGAACGUCAUCUCCAGCUUAUUGAAGCUUUUCUUCCGACGUCUUCCAGACUGUCUUCUGACCACUGAACUGUAUCCUCACUUCAUAGAAGCAGACAAAAUUGAGGAUCCCAAUCGGCGAAUUACAACUAUUAGAAAACUGAUACAUGAACUGCCGGACCACCAUUUCGAGACACUCAAGUACCUGCUGUUUCACCUGAAGAAAGUCGUGGACCACAGCGAGAAGAACAAGAUGGAGGCUCGUAACCUCGCCAUAGUGUUCGGGCCCACGCUGGUGCGUGCCGGUGACGACGACAUGGUCACGAUGGUGACGGACAUGUCACACCAGUGCCGCAUAGUGGAGUCCCUCAUACUGCACGUGGAUUGGUUCUUCAAUGAAGACGAGUCUGAUAAUAGCUUUCCUUUCAACAUGGUCCAGGAAAAUGCGGAGCUGGAAUCUGCGACAAAUAACCAAAAUCUUCUUUUGAGCAAUAUCCAGAAAGUGGAAGGCAUGAAAGCAGAUUCUCCGAAUAGGGACAUAAGUGCCAAAGAUAUUGUUUCCUCCAUCAUUUCUGCAGCAAACCGCAAGAUGCACAAAGCAAAGACGAAGAAAGUUUGUGGAGCAGGGGGUGUGGGGGGCGGUGGGCACUCAGGCACCGUGGACGAUGAGCAGGAAGUUAGUGGAGAGUCGACUCACGACGAACGGGAGAGUGGCCAGUUGAGGAAAACUAUUGCAGAUGAAGUAGAAGAACAUCUUAAGUCAUUGUCAUCUACUCUAGCGGAAGAAGUUGCAAAUUAUGUUGCUGCUGACCAAGAAGCAGAGGAACGAAGGAAGUACAUUGAGGACCAGGAAAAGGCUGAGAGACACCAAGAGAAAGGUCUGUCUGUUGGUAGCGAUGAGGUCACCAUACGCACCUACGCAGGACUCUCCGCCACCACCCAGGAGAGGAUACGAAGGUUUGAACGGGAAACCAAAGCAAUGCUGCAGCGAGACCUGACGAGGCAGAGGCGCGACAUGGAGAAACGGGAAGCGGAGAAACAGAAGAUAGAGCUGGAACUGCAGCAGGCGAGGAAAGAUCUAGAGAACGAAGACCUGCUGGAUGCUAUCGCAGACAACCUGUCAGGCGUCUCAAAGUCCAUCCCCUCGGCUUUCGACAGGAAGCCGGAUGGCAGGCAGAACUCCUCGCCAUUGGGCAGGCGUCUCUCUUCUUCCCUGGCCGCAGCGGCGCCCGCGGACAGGGUGGGAGGUCUGACGAGGCCACCGUCUCGCCCCGGAGUCACGCACGAGCACGCGCUCUCUCAAGCCCAGACCGCGCGAGAGAAGGAAGCCCCGUCGAGAAGCUGGAACUCGGAAAACUUCACCCAGACGAAGAAGCUCGGGGCGACUCACUUCUUCCCGGAGAGUGCCAACACGGCUGGUGUUCGUAACAGCCUGCCGGACGCGGGGUUGUCGGGGCGGGCCGCAGGGGCCAGGUCCCGGUCGUCGGCGAGCGCGGCGCGCGCCUCCCUGCCCCCCGAGGGCUCGCGGGGGCCCCCCGAGCAGCAGCGCCUGCCCCGCAGCAGCUCCAGCGAGGACGUGCAGCCGGCGUCCCCGGCCGCGGAGAAGCCCGCCCUCAACGGGACCCUCAAGAGACUGAAGACCGGCAACGAGCAGCCCCGCCCGGUCACCAUGGCACCUCAGCGCUGUGGUUCGCUCGACUCGCUGCAGGAAACCGUCGGCGGUGACGCUCGAGACCGCCCGCAAAGCGAUGUCUCCGACGACGGCAGUGACCUGCUGACGAGCCUCACCUCGACGUUCGACCGGAAGCUGAAGUCCCUGCUGAAGCCCGCUGCCUCCCCCUCCCCCUCGACCCUGCCGCCCGCCGGCGGGAAGCCCACGGAGAGGCCCGCCGAAUCCCCCCCUGGGCCGGUGCGCCCCCCGGACCAGACCGUGUUCCGGGACCCCAGCCUCCACCGCGGCCGUGGCUCCAGCCCCACCACGGACGCUGCCAAGACAGAAAGUGUGCACCUGGCGACGCUGGAGGCUCCCCUAGUUGAGAGGAGCAGAGAGAGAGUGAAGGAAGGGCGUUCAAACAGCAGCAGGGAGGAGCAGGGCAGCAGAGCGGGCAGGCUGGAAGCGGACGGCGAUCGCCAGGACAGGCCCAGGAAGGACGAGGCAAUGCCCGGGGAGAAGGAAAAGACGCCCCCGGACGCGAGGCUGAUGCGGUCCGAGUCGCUCGGCAAGCCCGACGGCCCGGAGUCGGCGAGGCUCCGCAGGUCGUCGUCCCUCAACAAGCCGGAGCGGGCCGAGCUGAAGCGCUCCGACUCGCUGACCAAGAACGAGAAGACGGAGUCGAACAUCAGCAGGCGCCGGCAGCAGGAGCUGAGCGGCCGGAGCCCCGCCUCCCGGGCGAGCAACAAGGAGAAGGAGAACAUCGCCAUCAUGCUGGCCCGGCUGAAGCGCAAGAACGGCAUGCCCGAGCGGUCCAUCAAGCGCCGGCACACGGUGGGCGGGACCAAGGACUUCGACAAGGUGGACUGGCUGGACAACCGGCUGCAGCAGGAGCUGGAGGAGAGUCGGGCGGCGGCCAUGGACGGAGCGUACGCCUGCAAGGAGCGUCGCUGCCUGCGCACCAGCUCCCCGGACCUCAGCACGGCCCGGCGCGACGAGGGCAGCGCCCGCCCCCACAGCCUGCCCGACGCCAGUCUCGGCUCCCGGGCCUUCCGGGUGCCGCUCGAGUCCCACGUCUGAGCUCGUCCCGCAGCCUGCCACUUCAGUCCCUCGUAUGAAACACAGUCUUGCCGGGCCUGAGCUCAUCCCACAGCCUGCCGGACGCCCCGAGUGCCACUUCGGUCCCUCGUCUGAAACAUGGUCUUGCCUCCGUUUGCCAGCCGCCACGAGAACCAAUCCUCAUUUCACGGGUUGUGGAAAUUUAAUAUAAAUUCUAAUGAGAUCCGAAAAAAAAAAUAGCAUUAGAGUUGUUCCAAUUUAUAAUUACCAAGUGUCAUUUUCAAGAAGUAUAAUAGUGUUUUAUGAUAAAUCGCAGAAAUCAAGUAUCAGAAUCAAAAAUUGCACAUUAGGUAUUUGUUUGAAUUUCAAAUAAAAGAUUUUUUUUUUUUACAAAGUUUUAACCUUCACAGCAAUCUACAUAGAUAAGAGUGGCUACUUCACUUAUAAGUUUCUAGUAUGAAUUAUUCACAAUGUAUAUUUCUCCAACACUUAGUGCUUUAAUUCGUAGAUUUUACUGGGUGAAAAAUUUAAACCCUACAACUUAUUAUUUGUACUGUUAUUGUUUGCAAAAAAUCAAAUAGUUUUUGUUUUUAGAGAAAGUCACUGAUAUUGUGUUGUUCGAAAGUGAUAUGUUAUUUUACUUAAGUAAUUUCUUGCAUGUUGUCAAACGUUAACAUUAGUCAUUAUAGCAAAUAGUGUUGGAACAACUCUUGCUUACGAAAUAAUCAAGAUUCAGGGUUAUACUGUUUCUGUUGCAAAAAAAUAAUGGUGUACCAGCAAACUGAACAGUUUGGUGUACUUAAAUUACUUGGGGAUCACUUGCAAUCUCCACUGGAAUGUGUGCCAGGCGGUUGUCCUUGUGUGUGAGGUUUGUCGCGGGUGGGCAGGUGAAACUGUCGGUGUGCCAGUGAUGGGUGCUGUUGAAAAACUGCUAUCUCGCUAACGAAAAUUAAUUUGAUUAUUGUGAUAAUUCAAAUAAUUUAUUUUUAAAAUUUUAUACUGUAGAUUUUCCUAAGUUAAUUGCAGACAUAUAUUUUUUUUUUUAGGAGUGUACAUGUAUAUAAAUUUAUUUUUUAAAAAUUUAUCAUUGCAAAAUUGCUAAAUAAUAAAAAAGUUGCUUCAAUCAUUGAUUUUUAGUGAAAAAAAUAUAUAUUCUGUCAAAAGAUUUGUAGGUUUUGCCGUUGUAAUAAACAUUUUUGCCUGUAAUUUCAGGACUUUUUUAAAUUAUUAUGAAUGGCUUGUAAAGAGUCAAAACUUUUUAAAUCCUGAAGUGAACUUAAAGGAUCUACUCAAAGCUAUCUAGUCAUGGUUUGCCUGUGGGCAGAAGAUAAAGGGUGGGGGUAUAUGUAUUUGAGAUACUAUUUGUGUGCAUGUGUGAAAAUAAGUGAUUUUGUAGUGUGAGAAAAUAUGUGUGGAGUCUACAAGAGUGAGCUGUGUGUAUAUUUUUAAGCAACAGUGGACAAAAUUGUUAAUUUUCAUUGAAAAACAGUGCAUCACAUUCAGAUUCAACAGUUUCAAGUGUCAAUUGUAAUUACUCUUAUGUGCAUCAUAUCACUAUAUAUCGGGACUGAUGAAAAUACUUUAUUUUUUAUUAAUAAUAUGCAGUGUUUAUACAAACAGUACAGUAAGUGACAAAGCUCUUCAAUAUUUCUGUUUGGUAAUGAUUGUUGUGUUGCUUAUUAUGUGUCAGAUGUUUACCUCUUAUAAAUUUAUUUUGAAAAUAUGUAACCUUUAGGAUAGUUGUACAUUUUUCAUUAUCAUUUAAGCAAUAUUUUUGUGAUAAGUUUUGUUUACUUUAAAUGUUUACGAUGUUAUACAAGACAUUAUCGAAAAUAUUUUAAUUUAUAAUAUUUGUAAAUAUAGACCGUCCAGUUGCAAAUUGUUUGUUUUCAAAUGCCUUGUGGUCAUAUAACACCAACUGAAUUGGGGGAGGUGCUUUUCACUGUAUGUAUUGUAAAUUUUUGUUUCCUGUUGGGAAAAGGCUUGUACAAAGAUCUGAAGAGAAUCUCUUUAUUGGUUCACUAGAAUAUAUCAUGACUGCAUUGUAUUGUGUGAAUGGAAAAUAAAUAGCGUGCAAUUUGUCACUGAACGUA